GGGUCCCACGUGUAAAUCUACUUCCUACAUCUACUUCUUGUUGUUCUCGGAAUCCAUUAUACAUGGAGAUCACGGCAGUUGAGGUCACAUUAAAAAGAAUUCUGUGUGACUGAUGCAUGUGGGAGCAAGUAGACCGUGGCGCGUCUCGUUGGACAUGUGUCUUGGAUGUACAGUAGAUCGUGAGUAGAGGAGUGCAGAGUUGAGGGGAAACUGUUUCAUCGCGUCUUUGGGCUGACGGAGAGGUUUAGAUCAAACACUUAUUCAGCUCAUUUGGACGUGAUCUACCAACUUUAGAACCAUGUUAGGAACUUUACUGGAAGUAGCCAGCAAGAUCGCCGUAUCCCGUGGUUCCUGGGAUGACGAUGGCGUCGACCAGCUCCACCACAUCGUCUCGGUGGCGUUAUUCGCCGCCCUGGGUGUUGCGGUAGGAGCUAAGCAGUACGUGGGUGACCCCAUCCACUGUUGGACCCCAGCCCAGUUUGCCGGUUCCCACCACAGUUACACAGAAGGUUACUGCUGGAUCUCACACAUGUACUACGUCCCCUUGGACGACCCCAUCCCCUACAAGGUGGAGGAUCGAUUCGAGAGGGACAUCAGCUUCUACCGUUGGGUGGCCGUCAUGUUCCUCAUCCAGGCCGUCCUCUUCAAGGUGCCCAAUAUCAUCUGGAAAGAAGUCAAGACAUACUCGGGGAUCAAUGUUCAGAAAAUUGUCAGAAUGGCGGAUGAAGCCAUGCUGUCUCCUCCAAAAGAACGUGCUGGUAAGAUUGAAAAUAUUGGUCACUUCAUUGACCGAUGGUUGGUCACUUACAGGGUCUACAAGUACAAUAUCCUCAUACGCAUGCGUGAGAAGAUAUCGGGUAUACUGUGUUUCGUGUUGGGCAAGCGUCACGGCACGUUUCUCACUGGCUUGUAUCUGUUCUGCAAGUUCCUCAAUGUCUGCAACUGCAUUGGACAGUUCUUCCUGAUGACAAAAUUUCUGGGGUGGAACUUCUGGAGCUAUGGAUUCGAGAUCAUGAGCAUCCUGAACAGUAAGGGACAUUGGGAGGACUGGGAGCACUUUCCCCGGGUGGCCAUGUGUGACUUUGAGAUCCGGCAGCUCCAGAACAUCCAACGGUUCUCUGUCCAGUGUGCCCUGUCCAUUAACCUGUUUGUGGAGAAGAUGUACGCCUUUGCCUGGUUCUGGAUGGUAUUUCUUAUGUGCGCCACCGUCGUCAACUUCGGCAAAUGGGUCUUUGACAUUUUCUUCCGACGACGACGUGAACAGUUCGUUGCCAAGUACAUUGGUCUCGCCGAUGUGGCGGAUGACAGUCACGAGAAGAAACUGUUUCAGAAGUUCGUCAGUCAUUAUCUCAGGGAUGAUGGAGUGUUUCUUCUCAGGUCGGUCCGAAACAACACCGGUCACAUAGUUGCCUUGGACCUGGUCAAUAAUCUGUGGAAUCGCUUCAAGGAUCAGCAUCUUGGCAAAGAGGAUGGCAUCUUGAAGUAAUCACUGUUGUUCACAUGUGCUAGGUCUCCCAUCGUACUUCCUGUGCAAAACGAGUCUAUAUCACACGGGCAUAUAUUGAAUACAGUGGUACGUUUCUAUGAUGUCACAAGAAUCAGGUGAUCAUCAAGAACAUAGAUAAUAGCAGCCAGUGCAAAACGUAUUCUCCAAAUAUCAAAAUAUAGGGUAUCGCCAGGGUAGAUCCAACCAAACGGAUAAUUGUGUCACAGGAGGGCUGUGAAAGUGGGCAAUAUGUGAUGAAAUGCUAUGGAGUUAUUGCUACUGGACUCGUUUAGCGUGAUUAACGUGUCGUUUCUCACUCUUCCUCUAAAUGUAAAGAUACUGCCAUUUAUUACAUCUCAUCUUCAGGAACGUGACACAUGCCUGAUCUGGCACUAGGCAACGGCAUAGAUAUUACAUGAAGAUAGUUCAUCUUCAGCCUACCUCUGGCAAUGACACUACUUACCUCCCUUUAACAGUGCUUCGUCUGCGGAAGUAGUAUCAAAUAUUGACCAUUUAUUAGUGCCUUUGUAUUAUACAUUUCACCGCUUUCACAAAACGAUAUUGUCACAAAUUAUUUUGUACGUUUUUAUCAAUGCUUUUGAAAUGUUAUGUGCAUUUAAUAAAUGGCCCAUACUUUCUCGUGUUGUUAUUGAAAUUAUCUGAUAGCUGAUAGAUUGAUAGAUUGUGUGAUAUUUAACCAUGUCUGGAUUAUGUACAGUUACUCCUGUUAUCUCAAAGUUGUUAAAUCAAAUGAAAUGUUGGGCUUAAUCAAAGAUAAAUUAACGUCACAGGCUUAUAGCAACGAAAGCAGUAUGGUGGGGCAAUUUAGUGCUCGAGAUGUACAUCACGACACAACCAUAUUCGUUGUUACCUUUACCUCGUGACCCUGACCUUGUGUAUGUGACAUUGACCUUCCAUGUAGCCUUGACUUCGUUAAAUUGACAUUUGGUGUAAUCAUUACCUAGUAUAUCCAACUUCGACGUAAGCAUUAUUUCGAUAGUAACACUUUCGAGGUAACAGGUUCGCCUGUAUUGUAUAAAUACUAUUAGUAUUGUAUAAGUACUAUUAGUAUUGUAUAAGUACUAUUAGUAUUGUAUAAGUACUAUUAAAAAGGGUCAUGUAUAUUAACCCGUUAUGAUCCAAGAGUAGAGUCGAACAUGCAUACUCGGCAACGUGAUCAAAGUCUUCCACGACGUAUGAAUGUACAGAAUACAUUAAUUCAGUUUUAAUCGCUUGUGAUAUGACAUAUGCAGAACCUUUAUGUGAAGUAUAUUACGAAUUUCACAUUCCCGUAAAUUUAUGCUUUGUGAAUACCUGUAUAUAGCAAAGAAACCCUUCAUCUAGUCUGUGAUAGUUUCUGGGGGCGAUAAGGUGGUUCUCUUAUCAUUAUUCGUGAACAUUUUUCUUUUCGCCAACAUCCGGUACGUCAAACAUGUCUCUUACCAUCAUCAUCCGGGUACUUUAGGGAAAAAAGGUGUCUUAUAAGUACCGUUGCGAACUUUAGAUAUAUAAAUCUUCUUAUUUUUUUAUAAGAAUGGUGGCUAAACGUCAUGUCAUCGCUUGUAACAACAUGUGCAUGUUAUUCUGAUGAGGGGCACACUUUAUUCUCCACUUAGUGGAAUAUACCGAUAGCAAUAUUACCCGUAAAUAUAUCACUAUUUUAUGGAUUAUGGUGGACGGUUUCUGUUACAUUACAACUCAUUCUCUUUCAGAGUGCGAUAACGUUCGUCUCCAUGUUUUGAGACAAUCAUAUUUUGUAUCUUGUCAUUUACGUGCUGAGGGUAUGACGAUAUCUCAUCACAAUACUCAAACAUGUUCAGGGCGCCUUUUUAUAUUGUGACCUUAGUACUUUUCCUUGAAAGAAAUCGUGAACAAGAAAUCGCCACACAAAUUCCAUUCAUGGCUCCUUUGGGCGAAAUUAAGAAGAUCCAUUGCUAUGUUUUGUAUAUUGUGAAAUAAAUAAUACUGUUUUAAUCUAAGAUCAUGAUAUCAAAAGUUCAAAGACUGUUGUUCUCUUACGUUUCAAACGACCUUAUAUCUGUUUGUUGAGUUGUUGUGAAUGUUUAAAAUUUUAAUUUCAUUUUAAUGUUUUUAUUCAAUGUAUAAUAACCGCAACAAAGAUCUCACAACACGUUCUUGCCCUGUCAUCGACAUACUGAAUCUAAUGAAUAGAAACACGGAAGGUUUGUUUUAUUAUUUACAUUUUCUGAUUUCUAUUUUUAAGGCAACAAACGUUCUUGAGGGUUUUAUUGGCGUAAGGUAUUUUAUGUGUAUGAAGAAGUGAGCUUAAUGACUGAGCGAAUAUGAAAGCGCGAGUUUCAUGAUCAAGUGACGAAUGACUUGUAAUCAAAUCUUUCACAUAUCAUACGAAUGUAAAGAAGUGCUUUAAUAUCCAGUGCCUUUCACAUCUGGUACUAACAAAGCUAUAAUUAAUUUUGUUUGUUUACUCGAGUGACUGGGAUAUUGCCAUAUUUACAUUGGAGGAAGACGAAUUCUGCGUAUGAUGACAAGAGGUUCUCCCGAUGUGAAGCUAUGUGAUACUGUAUGUUAUAUGGUUUGUGAUUUCUGCUAUUGUGAAUAUGGACUUGGGUUUAACAAUAUAUAGUAACAACGAAAUAAACUUUUAAUACACUGA